AUGUGUAAAUUAUUGGUUUUCGUUUGUUUAUCAGUUAUUUUAAGUAAGGUUAGUUCCCAGGAGGAGGAAUCUUGUCAUUCAUAUGCUGGAGGAAAUGUUUAUCCUUUAGGAAGUAAUCCUGUAAAAGCUGAGCACCUAUUACAGUACACUAAAGCAGUGAUUUCAAAACCAGCUCCUGUGUGGGAAGGCACCGCUGUUAUAGAUGGUGAAUUUAAACAGUUAAAAUCAACAGACUUCCUUGGGAAAUAUUUAGUUUUUUUCUUUUACCCAUUAGAUUUUACUUUUGUAUGCCCCACUGAAAUUUUAGCAUUUAGUGAUAGAAUUGAAGAGUUUAGAAAAUUGAAUACUGAAGUUGUUGCUUGUUCUGUGGAUUCACAAUACACUCAUUUAGCAUGGAUUAAUACACCUAGAAAAGAGGGAGGUUUGGGUAAAAUUAAAAUACCACUUUUGGCUGAUUUAAACAGAAAUAUCUCAAAGGAUUAUGGGGUAUUUUUGGAACACUUGGGCCACAGCUUAAGAGGUUUAUUUAUCAUUGAUGCUAAAGGAAUAUUAAGACAAAUAACUAUGAACGAUUUACCAGUAGGAAGAAGUGUUGAUGAGACUUUAAGAUUGGUACAGGCUUUUCAGUUUACAGAUUCUCAUGGGGAAGUUUGUCCAGCUGGCUGGAAACCCGGACAAGAUACUAUUAUUCCAAACCCUGUGGAUAAAAGAAAAUAUUUUGAAAAGCACUAA